AUGGCCAGAACCAAGCAGACAGCCCGUAAGUCCACCGGCGGGAAAGCUCCCCGCAAGCAGCUGGCCACCAAGGCCGCCAGGAAGAGCGCCCCCGCCACUGGCGGAGUCAAGAAGCCUCACCGCUACCGGCCCGGGACCGUCGCUCUCCGGGAGAUCCGGCGCUACCAGAAGUCCACCGAGCUGCUCAUCCGGAAGCUGCCCUUCCAGCGCCUGGUGAGAGAGAUCGCCCAGGACUUCAAGACCGACCUUCGCUUCCAGAGCUCGGCCGUCAUGGCCCUGCAGGAGGCCAGCGAGGCUUACCUGGUCGGGCUCUUCGAGGACACCAACCUCUGCGCCAUCCACGCCAAGCGGGUCACCAUCAUGCCCAAGGAUAUCCAGCUGGCCCGCAGGAUCCGAGGGGAGAGGGCUUCCGGUCAGAAUCCAGCAGCCGUGGAGGAGCAGUCCGACUCCAUUCCACACAGGGGACGAACCCUCUACAGCAGCAAUGUCUGCCCGUACUCGCAGCAGGUCAGGAGCGGUAAGUGCCCCUGUGUGACGCCUCCUCCACAGCGGAGAUCAGCGGCAUCGCCAGCUCAGUCGUACAGAGCAUGUGGGGGGCUCUUAGAAGAGCCUUUGGUUCCGGGGGGCACAGCAGCAGCAGCAGAGCCGGGCUCACUUGCUCUUGGCCGACUUGGUGCUCUCGGUCUUCUUGGGCAGCAGCACGGCCUGGAUGUUGGGCAGGACGCCUCCCUGGGCGAUGGUGACGCCGCCCAGCAGCUUGUUGAGCUCCUCGUCGUUGCGCACGGCCAGCUGCAGGUGGCGGGGGAUGAUGCGGGUCUUCUUGUUGUCGCGGGCGGCAUUGCCGGCCAGCUCCAGGAUCUCGGCGGUGAGAUACUCGAGCACAGCGGCCAAGUAGACGGGAGCGCCGGCGCCCACCCUCUGGGCGUAGUUGCCCUUGCGGAGGAGCCUGUGCACUCGGCCGACCGGGAACUGGAGCCCUGCCCGGGAGGAGCGGAUCUCUGCAGAGCCAUGGCCAGAACCAAGCAGACAGCCCGUAAGUCCACCGGCGGGAAAGCUCCCCGCAAGCAGCUGGCCACCAAGGCCGCCAGGAAGAGCGCCCCCGCCACUGGCGGAGUCAAGAAGCCUCACCGCUACCGGCCCGGGACCGUCGCUCUCCGGGAGAUCCGGCGCUACCAGAAGUCCACCGAGCUGCUCAUCCGGAAGCUGCCCUUCCAGCGCCUGGUGAGAGAGAUCGCCCAGGACUUCAAGACCGACCUUCGCUUCCAGAGCUCGGCCGUCAUGGCCCUGCAGGAGGCCAGCGAGGCUUACCUGGUCGGGCUCUUCGAGGACACCAACCUCUGCGCCAUCCACGCCAAGCGGGUCACCAUCAUGCCCAAGGAUAUCCAGCUGGCCCGCAGGAUCCGAGGGGAGAGGGCUUAGAUCUGCGCCCCGCACCCAACAAAGGCUCUUCUCAGAGCCACCACCUCCUCCAGAGACGAGCUCCACUCCGCCCUUCAUUCUCCACCUCUGCUCACAGGAGGCGGGUUAA